AUGGGCAUUUUAACUUCGUCUUUCCUAGUUCUUACACUGAUGGCAGUUUGGCAAUGCAACCCUAUCCAUGCCGCCUGGGACUAUGACAUCAAGGAUGCGCAUUGUUUAAACAUCCCUAACAUCGCAUACGCCAAUGCUGCCGUUAACAUAGCAACAGAAAUUAUGAUAUUUAUUCUCCCACUGCCUGUGCUUCGGACACUGCAUACGCCGAGGAAAAAGAAGAUGGCACUCUGUAGUAUAUUUGGCAUUGGUGUGAUAGUCAUUGCGAUUGCUACGGCACGCCUUGGUACACUUUCCAAUGUGGGAACGUACAAUGACUUCACGUACGCCCAAGUGCCUGUUUACGUCCUCAGCUGCGCGGAAGUAGCGAUGGCUGAUAUUUGCGCCGCUGCGCCAACGUUCUACGAAGUUGUUGUUCAGAUCAGGCGCAAUGCACUUCAAAUGACCGAGCCCGACUCUAUUGCGAUGCAGCAGAGGCUUCCCAAGAAAAGUUCUCCGUCGGGGACCCCACAUGCUCGCGGACAUAUCAAUGACAGAAUUUAUCCAGGAUCGAUGAAUUUAUCUGACUUGGCCAUUAUGGGUCGUACUUGGAUAUCGGACAAUCAGGAUAUAGAACAUACUCCGUCCUUUUCUUCUCAUCGGGACGUCUUGGCAAGCAUUAACGCUCGCCAGGUCAGCCCAAAGUCUACUUGGAGUCAGGAAGAGGUGACGUGA